AUGGCGAGCCUUGGAGACGAAGCCACAUCUCCAAGGCUAGGACAUAACAGUUACCAAAAUUAUUAUUUAACCAUGCCAAGCAACAGGCAUCAUAAUAAAAUCUUAGGUCUGGCAAACCAAGACUGUUCUCUUUCUUUAGAAUCUUGUAAGCAGAAUGGGCCAUCUCACUGUGGCCAACUCAGUCCAGUUUUUCAAAUAUCAGACAAUGACACUUUUAUGAUGUACAAUGAAAAUCUUGAUCGUUGCCUAAAACUUCAAGAAUCUCGUUCCUUCACCUUCGACAUCUGCAACAAGUUUAAUGAAUGGCAAAAUUUUAAGUGGGUAUCCGAUCAUCAGUUAUUGAAUAUGGCAGUGAAGUUAUGCCUGAGUGUACCUUCAAAAUCAAACAUGGUUCCAGUUACACUGUCACGGUGCAACAAAACCACUGAAUUACAGAAAUGGGAAUGCAGAAAUGACACUCUAUUUGCCCUUGUAAAUCAAGAACUGUUUUUAAAUCCUGCUAAUGGACGUGAGAAUGGGGUUAUACUAUCCAAAAAACCCUCCACAAAAAGUGUUUGGAAGAUCUAUGGAACAAAGAAGAGCUUGUGUGCCCAGAAAUAUGAAGCUCUAUUCACUAUAGAAGGCAAUUCCUUGGGAGCACCUUGUGUGUUUCCUUUUAAGUAUAUGAAUAAAUGGCAUGCUAAAUGCAUAGUUGAUGAUGAUGAACACAAACGGUUUUGGUGUGGAACAACUCCAGAUGUGGACGAAGACUCUUUAACUGGAUAUUGCCCAAUAAAAGAUGAAAAAGAUAACUUUUUCUGGGUCAAAAAUCACUGGACAGGAGAUUUCUACCAGAUCAAUUCCCUUUCAGCUCUAACAUGGGAUCAAGCAAGAAAAAGUUGUUGGCAACAAAAUUCAGAAUUAUUAAGCAUCAACGAACUAUAUGAACAAGCAUAUUUGACAGGUAUCACAUAA